CGGUUCGACAUCGUAGGCGGCUAGGGCAGGGGUAUUAUUUUGCUAACUGGAUAUCACGGCAAAAUUCUUCACUAAAUCUCAGCAAAACUAAAAACAAAUAAACAGGAAGAUCUUCCCUUUUCUCGUCGUUUGAAUCACUCUUUUCCGAUUCGGAUUGCGACAAAUUUUAAAUUUCUCCAUCAAAUUAUAUCGCGCAUCCCUGCUUUGGUGGUGGUAGACUGGAUGAGUUGAUUGUGUGUUUGUAUUGGAGGGUUUAUCAGUUUUAAGUAAUUUAUUGUUAUGGAUUCUUCCGAACAAGUUGCCAAAGACGUGAAGAGUGAUGAAGAAGGAUGGGGUAGUGAUGAUAAGAGCAAACACAGAUCAAGAAUGACUAGGACUAGAGACGACGAUGAUGAUGGGGGGGACAAUGUUGAUAGUAGAAAGAGGUCUAGCGAUGGGGAUAGUAACUUUGAAGUUAGUGAGAAGUCGUUGUCGAAACAGGCUAGGACAAAACCUGAAGAGGAUACAUUGGGAGAGUUGAGCAGUUGGUACAAUGAUGGAGAUCUAGAGAGUAAGAACGAUAAUCUAAGUUAUAGAAGUGAAAGAGAAAAAGCAGGUUCAAGUUUUCUUGAACACGAGAGUUCUCAAAGCAGAAAGACAUACAAGCAUGAUGGAGAGAAUGAAAAGAUAGAGGAUAGAGAUUCAAGAUCAAGUGAAAGGAGAGAAUAUAGCCGUGAAAAGGAAAACGAUCAUUCUGAGCAAGGGAGAAACUCUAGGAGAAGAUGGGAUGAGCCAGAGAACAACUGGGAACCUGAAGAAGAAAUAAGUGGUUCAGAUUCAAAGGUCAACAGAAGUUCUAGAUCCCGUGAAAGGGAUGAUAGAGGUGCAGAUGGUGAAUUAGAGAAGUCACAGUUAGAAUAUGAGCAAGAAAGUUCUUUGAAGCGGGGAGAUAUUGAAAGUGAUGAUAGAGUGAAAUCAAGAGUUGAUAGCAGGGCUGACUGGGAAUUGCAUAAGCGAAGUCAUGAUAGGAUUGGCGGCAGAAAAGAAGGAAUCAGAAGUGAGGCUGUGAAAACGUCAUCAAAGUAUGGAAUUUCAAGUGAUAACUACGAUGUGAUAGAGAUCCAGACAAAGAAGCCGGAGGACAGAAUUGGCAAACCGGAUAUAUCUGCAACAUCAUCUAUGGAUGUUGAUAAUGGCAUUGACAGUCAAUCAGGCAAAGCAAAAAGCCAACAGAUUUCUGCUAGUGUCAUUCACGAGUCAUCUCCCUUCAAUAGAGCUCCUCGCCCACAAGGAGGUAGAGGAUGGGGAAGGCCUCCUGCCAGAGAUUCUCAACCAAUUGGAAUUUCAAUUCCUUUGAUGGCUCCCCCUUUUGGACCACUUGGAAUGUCACAACUGAAUCCUCCCAUUUCCAUUUCCCCUGGUAUAUUCCUUCCACCUUUUGCACCACCUGUUGUCUGGCCCGGGCCUCGAGGAGUUGAAAUGGGCAUGUUAGGUGCCCCACUUGUUAUGCAAUCCCCAGGACAUGUAUAUCCACCCAAUAUUGGAACCCCACAGGCUCUUUCAUAUUCUAACCUUCCUGGUCCUGGCUUUAGUGGUGUUGUUCCAAGAGGAAGAAUGCAGUCACAAGAAAAGGUCAAUUGGGUGGCUCCUCCUAGAACACUUCAUGGUAAAGCUCCUUCUAGAGGAGAGCAGAAUGAUUAUUCUCAGAAUUUUGUUGAUACUGGGAUGCACCCUCAGAAUUUUAUCAGGGAAUUGGAGCUAACCAGUGUUGUUGAAGACUAUCCUAAGCUUCGAGAGCUUAUACAAAAGAAGGAUGAGAUUGUGGCUAAUUCCGCGGCUCCUCCUAUGUAUUUUAAGAGUGACCUGAGGGAAUUUGAGCUGUCACCGGAAUUUUUUGGAACAAAGUUUGAUGUUAUUCUUGUGGACCCUCCUUGGGAGGAAUAUGUUCAUCGAGCUCCUGGUGUUACGGACCACAUGGAGUACUGGACAUUUGAGGAAAUUAUGAAUCUUAAGAUUGAGGCAAUAGCUGACACGCCUUCUUUCCUUUUCCUGUGGGUUGGUAAUGGUAUCGGCCUAGAGCAAGGCCGGCAAUGUCUAAAGAAGUGGGGAUUUCGAAGGUGCGAGGACAUAUGCUGGGUAAAGACCAACAAGACUAAUGCUACUCCUGGCUUACGCCAUGACUUUCAUACUCUGUUUCAACGAUCCAAGGAACAUUGCUUGAUGGGCAUAAAGGGAACUGUACGUCGAAGUACUGACGGUCACAUUAUCCAUGCUAAUAUUGACACUGAUGUAAUCAUUGCAGAGGAACCCCCUUACGGUUCAACUGCAAAGCCAGAAGAUAUGUACAGAAUAAUUGAACACUUUGCACUUGGCUGCAGAAGGCUUGAGUUGUUUGGUGAAGACCACAAUAUAAGAGCCGGAUGGCUCACUGUUGGUAAAGGUUUAUCCUCUUCCAAUUUUGAUUCCAAGGCUUUCACCAAGACCUUUUCGGAUAAGGACGGAAAAGUGUGGCAAGGAGGAGGAGGGCGAAAUCCACCACCAGAGGCACCUCAUCUUAUUUUGACAACUCCUGAUAUUGAAGCUCUUCGGCCCAAGUCACCAAUGAAGAAUCAACUACAACUGCAACAGCAGUCAGCUUCCAUUUCAAUCAACACUGUUAACUCGGUCAACAAUAAAAGGCCUGCUACCGUAAAUUCUCCCUUUCAUGGAGGGGAUUUGAGUUCUGAUGCCUCUAGUGCAAAUCUCUUUGCUCCACCACCUCCAUGGGUUAACUCUGGAAUGGACGUUUUCAAAGGAAAUUUGGGGCCAUAUGGUGGUGUCCCACUUUAUGGGCAGCAGCAGCCACAGCAACCAAAUGCCCCAGAGUAUUGAGGAAUUAAUUUAUUGUGACUCAAUUGACUGAUGACUAUAUCAUGUUAUUCAAUUUAUCUGGUUGUCUUUAUUUGGUUUAGGCCAUUGGCCAAAGUAAAGUAGUUGAAAGCUAAUGAAUUUAUUCCAUUGAAUUUUAAACAAUAAAAACUGACAGAGAGUGAUUGGAAGGUGGA